CCUCGACGCCCCCCCUCCCUGCCCCUCCUCUCCCCUCCCUCCGUGGGCGGAAGUCCCCUUCCCCGCCCCCAAAUCGCCCCGCCCCUUCCCGAAGCACCGCACCGGCAGCGCGGGAGGAGAGGGAGGCGGCGGGUCGGGCGAGAUGAGCGACUCCUUCUGCCCGGACUGCAAGAAGCAGACGGAGGUGGCGUUCGACCACUCGGCGGGGGACACCGUGUGCACCGAGUGCGGCCUCGUCCUCGAGGCGCACUCCGUCGACGAGACCUCCGAGUGGCGCACCUUCGCCAACGAGUCCAACGACAACGACCCCGUCCGUGUCGGCGGGCCCACCAACCCGCUCCUCACCGACGGCGGCCUCUCCACCGUCAUCGCCAAGCCCAACGGCGCGCAGGGCGAGUUCCUCUCCUCGUCGCUCGGAAGGUGGCAGAACCGCGGCUCCAACCCCGACCGAUCCCUCAUCCUCGCCUUCCGCACCAUCGCCAACAUGGCCGACAGGUUGGGUCUUGUGGCUACUAUUAAGGACCGAGCCAAUGAAAUCUACAAGAAGGUUGAAGAUCUCAAGUCUAUCAGGGGAAGAAAUCAAGAUGCCAUAUUAGCUGCUUGUCUGUAUAUUGCUUGUAGACAAGAAGAUAGGCCUAGAACUGUGAAAGAAAUAUGUUCAGUUGCUAAUGGAGCCACGAAGAAAGAAAUUGGCCGAGCAAAAGAAUUUAUAGUGAAACAGCUGGAAGUUGAGAUGGGGCAAUCUAUGGAGAUGGGAACCAUUCAUGCUGGAGAUUUUCUGAGGCGUUUCUGUUCAACUCUUGGGAUGAACAAUCAAGCUGUUAAAGCAGCCCAGGAGGCAGUUCAGCGCUCAGAGGAGCUUGAUAUAAGGAGGAGCCCUAUCUCAAUCGCAGCAGCAGUAAUUUAUAUGAUAACCCAACUCUCAGAGGACAAAAAGCCACUUAAAGAUAUUUCCUUGGCUACUGGUGUGGCAGAAGGCACCAUCAGAAAUUCAUACAAGGAUCUGUAUCCCUAUGCUUCAAGGCUUAUCCCUAACACCUACGCCAAGGAGGAAGACCUAAAGAAUCUCUGCACACCUUAGGAAACUUUUUUCGUUUUCAUUGUUACAUAAGUCGGAAUUAGAUUUGUCAAAGAAGAGUGAGUGAUGUUGUCCCUGGUGACUGUACUGGUCCCCGGUUAACUUUAUGUGGGCAUGAGAACAAAAGUUGUCCUCAUCAGAUCGAAUUUCUUUCCAGUUAUAGCAAGUUUCGUACAUUACCUACCUCCUCAGGAAUUGUUGGACGGCCAAGUUGUCAUUUCCGUAUGCGCCCGGGGGUGCAAAUGUAGAUACAAACCAAAUUCUAGUUUUGUUUAGUGAA